AUGAAAUUCUGGGGUCUUUUAACUACUGUCUUGCCAUUAGCAUUGGCAAGACCAGAAAACCAUUCAAGAGAUUCCUCAUAUUUUUUCAAAGGACAUGAUUUAUCCUCCCUCCUCAUGCUGGAACAAGGCGGUUCCAUCUUCAAAGACACCCUCAAACACAACGCCACCCGACCCGCCGAAGCCAUUCUCGGCGACGGCGGCAUGAACAGCGUGCGACUUCGUCAAUGGGUUGACCCCGUCGAUGGCACCUACGGUCUAGCAUACAAUCUCAAUCUCGCCAAGCGCAUGCAAAAACAAGGAUACAAAAUCUAUCUCGAUUUCCACUUUUCCGAUUCCUGGGCCGAUCCAAACAAACAACCUCCUCCCGCCGCGUGGCCCACAGAAUUAAAACCUCUUGCGAAAACUCUGAGAGGUUAUGUAAAGGAUACACUCGUAUCCUUCAAAAACGCCGGCAUCAAACUCGACAUCGUGGCCUUGGGGAAUGAAAUCCGUCACGGCAUGUUAUGGCCCGUCGGCUACGUAGACGUGGACAUCCAACCCACCAGCGCACUGCACAAGAAUUUUUCCUCCUUCGCCACGCUCUGGAAAUCCGCACGCGCAGGAGUCGACGAUGCGCUUGCGGCCGGCGUGUCAAAACCACAGAUCAUGAUCCACAUCGAUGAUGGCUGGAACGUGACGCUUCAACAGCGCUGGUUCGAUGCGCUGACCGCUAAUGGCGUACCGCUCUCCGCGUGGGACGUUUUUGGAUUUUCCUUCUAUCCUUUCUACGGCACUGCAGCGACCUUGGCCAAUCUGCGCACGACUUUGCAUUGGGUUGCGGAAACUUAUCGUAAGCCGGUUCACGUGGCUGAGACGGAUUACCCGGCAAUUUGUGAUGGGCAAUACAAUCCUAUUCCUGAGAGCAGCGAGCCGGAAAUUCCGUAUACGGUUGCGGGUCAGCUUGAGUGGACGGAAGAUGUGAUUAGUAUUGUGAGAAAUGUACCUCAUGGAUUGGGUAGAGGAGUGCAUUAUUGGGAACCGGCGUGGUUGAAUAAUACUAGUCUGGGAAGUGAUUGCAAUGAUGCGAUCUUAUUUGCGCCGGACUAUAGUGCGUGGCCUACUACCGUAGGUUAUAGUAGAAAGUCGGUUGCAUUGUUUAAAUAG